CGGGACUCAGACUGAAUCUUAGGAGGUGACUUAGUAGCAGCGAAAAGAAAUGUAACCGGCGUGGCUGCUCCGAGGGGGUUCCACAGGUUCACCUAGCAGUGGCUGACAGGGCUUCUAAGUGCCUCAUUUCAUUUCAACAUGAAGUGUGCAACCUCCAGGGUGUCAUAAAAGUAACAAUCAAAAUGACCUUGAGAUUCCACCUUUGCUAUAGUCAGAAUGGCUAUCAUGAAGGAAAAAUCAAAUAUCUGCAAGGGUGUAGCGGGAAAAUUGAAGCUUUAUAGUCCCACUGUCGUUGGGAAUAUGAAUUAGCCCAGCCACGAUGUAAGUUCUUCAAAAAACUAACAAUGGAGCUUCAACAUAAUAGUGACAUGCCACUACUGGGCCUAUAUCUGAAGGCAGGUACCAGUUCCAACUGGACCAAACUACCGCCACCUCUCUUCAGUAAAGCUGUUAUUAUGCUUAUAGAUGCUCUGAGAGAUGAUUUUGUGUUUGGGUCAAAGGGUGUGAAGUACAUGCCUUACACAACUUACCUCAUGGAGAAAGGGGCAUCUCACAGUUUUGUGGCUAAAGCAGAGCCACCCACAGUUACUAUGCCUCGAAUCAAGGCAUUGAUGACAGGGAGCCUCCCUGGCUUUGUUGAUGUCAUCAGGAACCUCAAUUCUCCUGCGUUGCUAGAAGACAAUGUGAUAAGACAGGCAAAAGCUGCUGGGAAGAGAAUAAUCUUUUAUGGAGAUGAAACAUGGGUUAAAUUAUUCCCAAAGCAUUUUGUGGAAUACGAUGGUACAACCUCAUUCUUUGUGUCAGAUUACACUGAGGUGGAUAAUAAUGUCACAAGGCAUUUGGAUAGAGUAUUAAAAAGAGGAGACUGGGACAUCUUAAUCCUCCACUACCUGGGACUAGACCAUAUUGGCCACAUUUCUGGGCCCAACAGCCCCCUGAUUGGACACAAGCUUAGCGAAAUGGACAGCAUCCUGAUGAAGAUUCACACCUCACUACUCUCAAAGGAGAGAGAGACUCUCUCACCUAACUUGCUGGUUCUCUGUGGCGACCACGGCAUGUCUGAGACAGGGAGCCAUGGGGCCUCUUCCACAGAAGAAGUGAGCACACCUCUGCUCUUAAUCAGCUCUGCAUUUGAGAGAAGACCUGGGGAUAUCCGACACACAAAGCACGUCCAGCAGACUGACUUGGCUGCAACACUAGCAAUAGGACUUGGCUUGCCAAUUCCCAAAGACAGUGUAGGAAGCCUUUUAUUUCCAGUUGUAGAAGGAAAACCAAUGAGAGAACAGCUGAGAUUUUUACACUUAAACACAGUACAGCUUAGCAAGCUGUUGCAAGAGAAUGUACCAUCCUAUGAGAAAGUUCUCAACUUGCAGUCCAGGAAUGUAGCUCACCCCAGCUCUGGAUGGUCAGAGGUAGACCACCUUCUUCUGCUGGGCACAGUGGGGCAUGUCCUGAGUCUGGGAGCCAGCAGCUUUGUGGAAGAGGAGCACCAGACCUGGUACUUCCUUGUCAACACCUUGUGUCUGGCUCUGAGCCAGGAAACGUGUCGGAGCUACUUUCUGGGGGACAGCUGCGAGCCUCCGCGUGCCUUCCACGUGGAGCGACAUCCUGAGGGUGCCAUUGUCACGCUGCGGGAGAGCAUGGGUGAUGAGGGUGCUGAGCCUGUCAGCGAGGGCGAGGGGCCCUCCCAGCCCAAAACACGGAGAGGCCACAAGCAGUGGGCAGUGCUGGCAAGCCCCUGGCUGGUGCUGAUCUGCUGCCGGUUGCUGCGGUCCCUGAACCAGACGGGUGUGCAGGGGGCCCACCGGCCUGAUUUUGGCCACUGGCUCACCAGCUCUGAACACAAAGUGCAGCUCUCAGGCCUGGCUGCCCUCUCCCUGCUUGCAAUCUUCAUGUUGGUCCAAAGGGGGUGUUCCACUGUGUCCAAAGCUGCCCUGGCGCUUGGGCUGUUGGGCGUCUUCUGCUACAGGGCCGCCAUAGGGAAUGUGCUAUUCCCAUGGCAACCAGACAACAAAAGCAUUACAAAGGGUAUUAUUGAAGCUCGUUUUGUUUAUGUCUUUGUCCUUGGCAUUCUGUUCACGGGUACCAAAGACUUGCUUAAGUCUCAAGUCAUUGCUGCAGACUUCAAAAUCAAGACUAUAGGCUUAUGGGAGAUAUAUAGUGGAUUAGUUCUUCUGGCAGCUUUGCUCUUGAGGCCACAUAAUCUUCCGGUGUUAGCAUUUAGUCUCUUGAUUCAGACUCUAAUGACUAAGUUCAUCUGGAAGCCCCUGAAACACGAUGCAGCCGAGGUCACUGUUAUGCAUUAUUGGUUCGGUCAAGCAUUCUUCUACUUCCAGGGUAACUCUAACAACAUCGCCACCAUUGACGUCUCAGCAGGCUUCGUGGGCUUAGACGCCUACAUGGAAGUUCCAGCCACGCUCCUGACCGUGUUUGGGACAUACGUGGGACCUGUGCUAUGGGCCAGCCACUUAGCACACUUCCUGAGCUCAGCGACAAGCAGUGGCUCAGCACUACGUUGUGCAUGCUUCUGCUAUGCACUGAUUUGUUCUGUUCCAGUUGCCACAUAUAUCAUUCUUGUGACAGCCCUGCGCUACCACUUAUUCAUAUGGAGUGUCUUUUCUCCAAAGCUUCUCUAUGAGGGGAUGCAUCUGCUCAUUACAGCUGCUCUCUGUGCUCUGUUCACGGCCAUGGACCAGACGGGCCACACAAGGAUGUACAUGAAGACAGACACCCUUAGCUGAUGUGCUUUUACAGUUCCUGUUUGGGUCAUGGAUUUGAGUAUUGAAAAAUCUGCCCCUGGGUUGAAAACAUGGCUCAGUUGGUAGAGCCCUAGCCAGUGAGCAAGAAUGUCUGGUAAGGCGUUCAAGUCCCAGUCUAUGACCUGAAAAGAAGAGAAAGAAAAGUCUGCCAUGUCAAGUUCUGCAAGGAAAAAAAAAAAAGUGAAGCCUAUGAAGUUGAUGAAGAGAUUCAGUUGCACUGAAAUUUAAAUUAAAUAGUAAGCGGUUUAAUAAAAGAUUACUUUAAAAUAUA